GGUAGUGGAUGCUGAUUGGUCAGCAGAAUAAGGUUCCAAGGGAGACGCGGCGUGAUUGCGUCAUUUCCUAGCGACGCGCGAUGCUGGCGGCGGCGGGCGGCUCGGGGCCCGGCGGGGCGGGCGGCUCCGGGCCCGGGCCGGGUCCCGGCGGCGGGGACGGGGACUUCCUGUCGCGGUACCGGCUGGUGUCCGCCAAGCUGCGGCGGCGUUUCCUGCGCAAACCGAACGUGGCGGAGGCGGCGGAGCAGUUCGCGGCGCUGGCGCGGGAGCUGCGCGCCCAGGAGAGCCUGCCCUACGCGGCCUGGUGCCAGCUGGCGGUGGCGCGCUGCGCGCAGAGCCUCUUCCACGGCCCCGCCGAGGCGGCGGCGCUGGGCGAAGCGGCGCGGCUCUUCCUGCGCCAGGAGCGGGACCUGCGGCAGCGCCUGGCCCUGCGCGGCGGUUUCGGCGAGCACUUGGCGGCGGCGCAGAGCUGCGGGGCCUUCGCCGCCCGCCUGCACCUGGAGCGGGGGCAGCCGGCGCUGGCGGCCGGGCUCUGCCUGGAGCUGGCGGCAGCGCUGCGCGAUACGGGCCGGCCCGCCCGCGCCGCCGCGCACUUCCAGAGGGCUGCCGAGCUCCUGGCGGCCGCCAAGCUGCCCCUGGAGGCGCUGCGCUGCUUGACAGAGCGCGCCUCCUGCCUGCUGCUGGGCCGCGACUACGCCGGGGCUCUGGCGGCGCUGACGCGGGCGCAGGCGUUGGCUGGAACCGGAGCCGGGAUCGGGGGGAGCGGCGGGGCCGCGCCCGGCGGAGCCUUCCUGGACGCGCUGGUGAGCUGCGAGGUGUCGCGGGUGCUGCUGCUGCUUCUCCUGCAGCCGCCGCCCGGCAAGCUGCCGCCCGAGCACGCCCGCACGCUGGAGCAGUACUGCUGGGAGGCGCCCGAGGGCGGCACGGCGGGAGGAGGGCUGCCUGCGGCCGCCAGCUACCUGCCCGCAGAGCUCUUCCUGCUGCUGCAGUCCGCCGUGUUGGCCUGCCAGGAGAAGGACGCGGCUGCGCUUCGGGCUCUGCAGGCCGAGCUGUGGCCGCUGUUGAGCGCCGAGCAGAACCACCUGCUGCACCUGGUGCUGCAGGACAUGCUCAGCCCCGCGGGGCACGGGCUUUGAAAGCCGCCUGGACUAUCACAGGACUGUGCCCGGAGGGUCCCUGCUGCCUCGGGACUGUUCGGAAUUCGUGUGCGCGGGGAGCUGCCGGCGAGACGGGCUCGGGUCGCGUGGCCCCGCCGGCGGGGAGCGUAACGCUGUGUUACGGUGGAGCUCAGCGUCUGUAAUAAAGCUGCGGUGCGAGCGCGCUCCUUGAC